AUUUACCAUUGCAGCAAUUUACCAUUGUAUGCCUUUUAAGAAAAUAUAAUUGAAAAAUUAAAGCACUAAUGUAAAAUAUACAAACAAAAGAUGAUAAAAAUGGUCAAAAUUCUUCAUUUUUUUACAAUGAUGUGGUUAUACAUUGGAUCGUAUGGGCACAUAUCUUCAGAUUUACCGCUUUUUGUUGUUAAUAGUUUCCAGCCACAAGGAAUUGUGAUGAACCAUCUUGUCAUUAACCAAUCCAUGGGUUAUGUGUAUGUAGCUGCACGAAACAGAUUGUACCAACUGGACAUGAGUCUGAAUACAGUACUGGCGAAUGUAACAACUGGCCCAAAAAAUGACAGCAUUAACUGUUUGCCAUACCAGCUACAAACAUGUGGCGAUUCACAGAUAACAAAUAACACAAACAAACUACUUUUAAUUGAUACUUCAGGAAGCAGAUUGAUAGUUUGCGGGAGUAUUUACCAGGGAGUUUGCCACACACGAAGUUUAACAAACAUUUCUAAUGUGUUGUGGGAAAUGGACAUGCAAAGUCAGAAUGAUUAUGUCUCAGUUGUAUGUAACAAUGAAAAAGGCAGCACCGUAGGUGUGAUAACUCAAGGCCCAACUGUUAACAAUAAUGUGCUAUAUGUGGCAACCACUAUUCCAAACCACCAAAGGCGUUCUAUUGAAAAUCCCAUUUCCACUCGGAGUCUCCAAUUAUCUGAUUGUGAAAACAAAUUAUUUCGUUACGCAAUUGAGCAAGGGGUGGAGGGUUCCCAUGUUAAAUUUCCCGAUAAUUAUCAGCAUGAAUAUAAAUAUGCUUUUGCUACUGGUGAUGAAAAUGGUUUCGUGUAUUUUGUUUCAACUGUUCAGAUUCAAAAGAACGGGAUAUGGUCUAAAGCGUCACGUAUUGCGAGGGUGUGCAAGAGUGACAUCAUGUAUUUCUCAUACGUUGAGUUACCUGUUUCGUGUGGGGAGGGACAUCAAGCAAUUCUCGGGGCACGUUAUGAACCAAAUCAAGACGAUACAGACGGAAUACUUUAUUUACUGUUCGCUACAAAACAAGGUUCUGCCCUAUGCUACUUCACCAAGUCACAUCUGGAUGAAAUUUUCUAUGAUACAGUUGAGAUAUGUUAUAAAUACAAAGGCUAUAACGGAACAAAGGAAAUUGUGAAUCUGCUUGAACUGCCACGUCCAAAUGAAUGUCAAAAAGAUGAUGGCGGCAUAUAUUUAUUUAAACCUGGGGCUAGUCUCACUGACUUAAUAGUUCGUCCAAAACGAGUGGAUUUGGAUUACUGUCCUAGUUACGUGGUACCCAAACGCCAGGUAUUAUGUGGUGCCUAUUAUCUGCCAUCAAACAUGGUGCGUUUGGUCACAUCCAAUGCAACCCUAGUUUACAAAGAACAUAAUGUGGAGUUCACAGCUGUAACAACUAAUAUAAAUCACAACAACACAAAAGUGGCUUUCAUUGGUACAAAACAAGGGGCAAUACUACAGGUCAACAUUAACACAUCAACAAAAUAUUCCACCAUUAAUGUUGGUCAAGAAAUAUUACCUGAUUUUAUUUGGGACACUGACCCUACAUUGAAAGUUCCACAUCUGUAUGUCACUGCAAAACAUUCAAUAUUUCGUAUACGUGCCGCUGCAUGCGAGAGGUUCGGUACAUGUGGUGAUUGUACGCAAGCAAUGGAUCCUUACUGUGGAUGGUGUAUAUUAGAAAGCAGAUGCUCCACGAAGAAAGAAUGUGCGACUGCCCUCUACGACAAUACAAGAUGGUUGGGACCUGAUACUCAGCAGUGUAUUUAUGCAACACAACCAACACCAAGAGAACGAACACUUAACGCUGAUAUUGUUACUUCGGUGAGGGGUUGCUAAUACGAAUAUUUGUAAUCAUGUUUUUUAACUUUGUUAUUUAAAUUAUUUCUCUAAUAGUGGUCAUGUUUUUAAUUUUUUCAAAAAAUCUUCAAAUUUUUUCAAAAAUUGUUUUAAUUUUUUCGUAAAAUCUUUGACUAUUUUUAAAUAUAGCUGACACCCAUUGAAAAAGACCCAUUAAAAUGUACAAUAAUUGUGACUGACUUAAAAUAGCCAGGAACAGUUAGUUAAAACGCUCUGGACUGUACAUUUUAAGAUUCAAUCAUGUUUUGCAUUUUUUUUGUAACAUAUUUAUUUUGUUAUUUGCAUUAACAUAUAGUAGAGUGGGGGAAGAUGAGAAUUUGGUAGUAAACGAAAAUCAUUCAAGGAUUUAUAACCGUAUCCUCAGACUCCCAUAUAGCCUUGUUAAUUGUUUAAAACACGAUUGGGAUGUUUAGAUAUUACGAGCUUAUGUAGUCCCAAUUUCCCCAACCUACUAUACAUAUAUAAUACAACAUAUGACAAUCUUGUUGUCUUUAACACUUAUGAGAAAACUCUGUUUUGCGCAUGUUAUUAACCUUUAGGUCAUACUGUGUUGUCCUGAAUUAAAAUUUUAUUGUUUUGGCAACAAUUGAGUUUUUUUGAAUUGUCAUGACAUAUUAAAAAGCUGACAAUCAAAGUCACUACCCGUA